AUAGUUGAUGGGGUGUUUAUGUACUUUCACCCUCUCUUUUUUAUCCUAGUGUAAAUACCUCAUCACACAUCUAGAACUACUCCAGAGAAAUCUAAACCCAUAACCUGCCCCUAACAUAUGUCGGAGGAGUGAUUGGAACUCACAAGGGUCACGAGUGUUCAACUACCUGACAUGGGACAGGCACAACUUCAUUUCUUUCGGCCUAUGGGUCAAGAUUGUAGCUUAUAAAAGCGUAUACAACAAUGACUAUCCAAAAUGCUACAAUUGAUUUGUAGACAACCACCAAACUCUCUAUUCAACAAGGUCCAACAAGCUCUAUUUUUUGCCCUGUUGAAAGCAAUUAUCUUCUCUUUAUUCGAUUUGAAUUCAACAUAUAAAACCUUGUUUAGCUGCUAUAGCAGUCCUAUUUUCACUAUCAGUUUUUCCUUGUAGUUUUUUGCGGGGGUGAAGUUAAUAUAUUUCGACAGUCAUGUUUUGAGAUGGCUAUUUAUCUUUUAGAAGCCUAAGACUGCCUUUUUCAGAUGAAUAUGAGUGGACAAUUAUGUCAACUUAUUUAUGGGAGAAACAAUUGUACACCAGAUAUUUAGAGAAUUUUUUUUGCUUCACUUGUGUUAAAAACUGCACAAUCAAUGUGUAUGCAACCCUUCUAGUCAUCAAUAAGCAUGGGAAAGGGGGAACAAUUUGUUCAACAUUGGAAAAGUCACAAGGAUAGCAAAAUAAGCUCAUCCGUUAGAGGCAUCCAAAGUUAUUGACAAUUAAUACUCAUCGCCACUGCCAUACACCAAAAACACCAAGCAAUUUAGGCUGCUAUUAGUUUAGUUCAUACCAAUUCCUGCAUGGUUGAUCACACAUUUAUGUAUAUGAACCAAUCAACCGACAAACCACUUUCAAACCUUUUCCAUCAAUUUGGAGAUCUCUGUUUAGGAGUUGAUAGUGUUGGGACAAUUUCUGCAUCUCUCGUGACUUAUGUCUCCAUCCAAGCAUUACAACCAGACCUUGUCAUAAAUGCUGGCACUGCUGGUGGCUUUAAGGCCAAAGGAGCGACUGUAGGUGAUACUUUUCUCGUGUCGCAUGUUGCCUUCCGUGAUAGAAGGAUACCUAUUCCAGUUUUUGAUUUGUAUGGCAUUGGGUUACGGAAAGCUUUCCCAACACCCAAUCUCUUGAGGACGCUUAACCUAAAGGUGAAGUGGAUGACCCUUCCAACAGAAACUUUUAUGGUAGAUGUUUUUGUGGUUGGGAAAUUGUCUACCGGUGACUCUUUCGAGGCCCCACAGGGGAAGGCAUCAAUUAUUAAAAAUGAAGCAACACUAGAAGAUAUGGAGGGAGCAGCUGUUGCCUAUGUAGCAGAUCUUUUGAAAGUCCCUGCGGUAUUCAUUAAAGCUGUAACCAAUAUUGUGGAUGGUGAUAAACCAACUAUUGUGGAAUAUAGGCAGAAUUUGACGGCGGUGACUGCUGCACUUGGCCUAGCAGUCGCAGAAGUUGUUGAUUUCAUCAAUGGCAAGUGCCUCUCCGAACUUUGAUGUCUUUUAUGUACUCCUUCUCCCAGGUGUAGGAUAUAUGCAUGAGAAACGUUUUCGAUUAACAUGGUUUUAUUUGGAGGUAGUAUCUCUUCCCAUAUGAAAUGGUAAAACCGUAGCUCCCUAUGAGCUUAUUUUGUUUUGGUGAUUAGAAAAAGACAAAACCAGUUUUGUAUUGAUCUCAUCUAUAUGCUUUCAUUGUAACGAACAUCGGAGACAAAUUGUUUAUUCAACUAGUAAGGAUUCUCUUGUGUGACGAUCA